GCAAAUUUAUUUAAUCAACUCUAAAUUCAAAGGAAAUCAAUCAUUUUCAUAGGUUAUCUAAGCUUCUAUCACAGUUUUUGAAUUAAUAUUAAUGACCAUUUAUUGAUAACUAAAUACUUCUUCAUUCAUUGAUUGAUAGAAUAUUACAGCAAAUAAACACAUUCAGUGUCAUCCGUAAACGCGCAGGUGCAAAGAAAGAUCAGCUGUAUAUUGUUGGUAGUUAGCGUUGAAAUAUCAAUGAUACUAGUAUUUGAAUCACGAAUUUAAGUAAUAAAACGAAAGGCCGUUGAACGUUUAACUAGAGUUAAAAUUGAUUGAUAGUCGACAAGCUUGUUGAAGCUGGAGAGAAUGACAGCAAGAAUAUUAGCUGCAGUGAGAAGUAGACAAUCAAACAGUCUGUGUUGUAUCAAACAAAUGUUCAAGUAGCUUGGGACAGUUUAACUUAGGUAAACCAGUUUAUACCCGUUUAUUGCGAUGUUUUAUAAGAUCAAUAGCUGACAUUCACCUGUACAUUUGUUCAUAACUUUGCCAUUAUGAUUAAUUAUUUUUUCAAUUACUUUUAUUGUGUUACAACGAAUUUAAGAAAGUUUGUUAUGUGGGUGGAUUUAAAGACAUAUCAUGUUGAGAAGUGAGCGUAUCAUCUUUCUAAUUUGGUCAUUAUUUAUUCAUCAUGUUCUCUCUGAUAAACUGGAAAAAAUUGCUCAGCAACCGGCUAAUAUACUCGACGAUUUCUUUGGUUAUCGUCAUAUCUCUAUUAUCCACUUCAACGUCCCAGAGAAUGUGGUCACUGCAAUUUUUAAAUUUACUGCAAAAGAAGAGAAGACUGGUGGUUUAGGUCAUUGUUCUCCAAGGAAUGUUUCUGUAUAUUUAAAACCGGGCAGUAUUCCUCUUGUGAAUCAAGAUGGUUCAAAAAUCGGAGCUAAGUUGUUAAAAAAUCGAUGGAAAUUUUAUGAAAUUGAAAUCACAAGCGGGGGUAAUCAAUAUAUUAAACGAACUUCAACACCUGUGGCUGGUGAUUGGUAUGCAAUAGCUUUUCGUUCUUGGACUGAUCCUGACUCAGAAAAAAUAACUCAACAAGGCCUAGGAGUAAGUUGUGAAACAAUACUUGAUGCAGAAUUAUUUGUAGAGAGAGUAGGAUUAUCUAUGCUAGUAGAUACUUCGAGUAAUUAUACAGUAUCUUUAAAUAAUACUUUAGAUACAGCAAUGAUACAAUUUUUUGUACCUGAAACUUUUCAAACAGCAAAUAUUUUAUUUUUUUCAUCCUGUGGUGAAGAUUGUCAAAUCGCUGCCAAUGUGAUAUCAAAAGAAGUCCUAAAGAGUCAGUUGAUAAAUGAAUCUGACACAACAUUAUCAUUCAAACCAUACUCAAACGAUUUUCAUUUUUUGUCACUUCGUCUUUUAACUGGAAAUGCAACUAAUAUUUCAUUCAUGCUAUCAGACAAUUCAUCUAUUGACGAUAAUUCUUUAAGUAUGAAUAAAAUUCCUUUGAGGAGAAAAUCAUUGCCAGAUUUUUUUCUAUUCGACUAUGAAUAUUUACUUGGAAAUUCUAGUAAACCCGCUCCAGUUAAUGUUACCAUUGAUAGUCUAACAGUAUUAAGCUUUCAUGUUGGAACUGUUUAUGAUGUUGGAGGAACGGUUUCUGUUGGACUUAAGCUUGUGAAUAAAACCACUGAUAUUGUCGUUGUUGGAUGCAUCUCAUUAGGAUAUUAUUCAACCAUUACUUCAGGUGGUGGCUGUGUACGAAAGAUAUCCAUCACUGCAUCUGAUCUUUGGGCCAAUAAAACAAAACCAACAAUGAUUCACAUCCCUUAUCCGGAACCUGGUACAUGGCACUUGAGUCUGAGAGCAUUUCAAAUAAAACCGAAAUGCGAAUGUGUAGAAAAUUGUAGAAUUUCUGGAUGUAGAGCAUGCAAUUGCAUGGUCGAAACAACAACAAAAGUAGAAACAAGUAUUUCAUCUUCACCCUGUGUUGAAAGUCAUUGUAGCUCUAAUGGACGAUGUCUACAUUAUAUGAGCGGUGGAUUCGUAUUCUCUGCAUGUUACUGUACUGGAGGAUAUCGUGGAUUUGAUUGUGCCGAUGAUACUUACGUUCUUACUGGAGGCCAAAUACUAGUCCGACUUCUACUUCUCACUCUAAGUAACUUGGCCUUUUUAGCAUCAGUAAUUGUGGCUUUCCGAAGAGAGUACUAUACAGAAGCUGUUGUUUAUACUGCCGUCAUGUUCUUCUCAACAUUUUAUCAUGCUUGUGAAGCAGGUGAAGAUGUUUUGAGUAUUUGCAUCAUGAAAUUAAAUGUCCUACAAUUCUGUGAUUUUUACAACGGCCUUCUAUCAAUUUGGGUAACAUUGGUAGCCAUGGCAUCGUUUGGACCAAGAUUAACAGCAUUCUGUCAGUUAUCUGGAGCUAUAGUUAUCGCUCUUGGAGCUGAACUUGAUCGUACAGCACUUUGGGUCUUUCUAUUACCUGCUAUUACUGGAUGUAUUCUCAUUGGAUUCUCCUGGGGUCUUCGUUGCCGUAGACAACGAAACUUUGGAUACCCUGCAUCUAGAUACAGAAAUUUUUAUUUACCAGUUGGUAUGUGCCUCGUUUUCGUAGGCCUCAUAUGCUAUGCUUUCUUCCAGACUCGAAGAAAUUAUCAUAUCGUCCAUAGUUUCUGGCAUGUCUGCGUGGCUUUUGGUGUUGUAUUACUCUUGCCCAAACGUAAACAUAUGAAAUAGUAUCGGACUUCGCUAGACGACGAGGAUGAGUCUUGUGAUGAAGCUAUUCGUGCAUUCUCAUCGCCUGUCGUCAGCGACUUUGAUCAAGAGUGUGAUCUAAGUGAUUCGUUUCUUCAUGCACUCGAUGAAUAACCGCACUCGGACUUCUUCAGUAUUGUGUAUUGAAAAAAUGUGUGAUAUUAUGAUGGUGCACUUUGUGUAAUAAACUUGUUGAUGUGAUGACUGAUAUUUCAUAGAUUUUACUUGCACAAAGUAUUAAUUUAUGCUCAUAGUAUGAUAGAUAGUAAUUGUAAUCUUCCAUAAGAAUAGAAUUUUAUUCUUAUCUAAUUGGAAUUUUUACAACCGUCAUUAUUUAAAAGAAAAGCGUACUUUUGUACGUUUACUACU